AUGCGCUCUAAUGAAAAAAGGUUUUUGAAAAUUAUCAUUAGAGCGCAUUUCCUCAAAAAAUACAAAAUUUUGGGGACAAUUUUUUUCAGAAAAAUAACCAUGGCAUCUGAAAAUAAGGACCAACGAAAAUCGUAUUUUCUCCGGGUGGCGUCUUAUUUGCUCGGAUUGAAUAUUGUUGAGGAAAAGUUGAAAAAUACAGAGCCAUUGGAGACUUUUCUAGACUCAAACACCAAUUUAUUGGUUUUCUCGCGGUCUGAACAGAAACUGGAACUCUCCAACAAAAUGAAGUCUUCUGCUCCAUCGGCCAAUGUCCUCCGAGUGGUUUUCUACAAAACGCAGUCUGUCCCUUUAAACAAUGAGAACUUCAAAAGUGUGGUCAAUGUGAUAUCAGCCAAUGGAACCCUGAAUCAUGUCUUUUUGAAAUCCGUUCAGAAUGUUUUCGGAAAAGAACUCACCGAGGGUAACAACAUGCAACUGAUUGCGGCGGUCAAUGAACUUGAGGAGAGUUUGCUGGCUACUGUGGAAAUGAGUGGAGGAGGUUCUCUACACGAUGAGAUUCGAAGUUGGAAAGGACAAUCGGGACGGGCGGCCCAGGACUAUAACGAUGCGUUCAAACAACUACAAUUACUUGUGGAGACGAUGGAGGAAAGACGAAUUGAUGAGUUAUCAGAACUUGUAGAAACAUUUGAAGACACUUGUGAUGAAUUAUGGAAUUGCGGAGUACCGUAUCCCCAGCCAAGGAUGAAGAUGCUGAUCGAGUACGGAUCGAGUUAUUUGUGUGAGGCCAUUACUUUCAAAAUCGAUGACUCAGCGAUCUGGCGAGACGAAAAAGUGUCGGAUCAGUUGCGAUCAGCAAUCGAUGUGUGUGAUCAAAUGCUGAUCGUAAUUCGUCUACUAACAUCUCAAACCUGGAAACGAAACGUCGAGCACACAUGGGAAGGCGAUCCGAUGGAAAUGAAGUUUCUCAAUGGUUUCAAAGAACGACUCGAUGAAAUUCUGUCGCUUCGAAGUCUGGGAGGCCAGUUGGAAGGACUUUUGGAAGAAAGGGGCAUUCGAGAGGAGACCGAAAAAACGAUAGAGACGGCAAUGAGAGGAAUGGCACCAAUGGCAUAUAAUCCGUUUACGGAACCCAAUUGGAAGAGUCGACUGCUGGUGGCGGAGAGGGCGAUUGAGGGGACAAUUGAUAGGACGCUGCCGAUUUUAAAGCAGAGACUUGCACCGAGUAAUGGAGAUAGUCAGAGUAUCGUUCUAAGCCUGGAAAAGCUGAAAAGCUUCCUGUGCCGAGCCAACAUCAAGGAGAAACUUCAACACGAGCGGGAAAUGUUCCUGAAUCGUUUGAUAUCAAUGCUAUCACAGAAAAAUCAGGAAUUCAGCGAGAAAUCUCUUCAAGUCGACGCUAAAAAUUUUCAAUUUCUCACAGAAGUCGCCGCGAGAAUCGUCUGGAUUCGGCAGCAGACAAGUCAGAUGGAAAGUAUCAGAUCGCUGUCGAAAAUGAUGUUGAACGAUAUCUCGAACUACAAUCAAUUCGCACAAAAGCUGGAUGAAUUUAUUGAAAAACUACAGUAUGCCGAGAAGGAGUGUUUCGAUGAUUGGUGUCGAGAAACCGUCGGGUUGAUUGAUAAUAAAAAUGAGACGAUAAAUCUAGAAACGACUGGAAAGAUUAUGUAUUUGGAAGCGUCGAAUCGAGAGUUGAAUGAAGUCCGCCAACUGAGCAGUUUGGGAUUCAACAUUCCAUCGAAGAUCCUGUCAUGCGCUAACAAUGGAGAGAAGUACUAUCGAUUUGGUGUUAUCCUCAAACAGAUUGCUCAUUUUUAUAAUACCAUCGAUCAACAGAUGAUUCCGUCGCAACAGUCUCUCAUGCUGGAAGAAGCAAUUGCAUUUGAAAAACUGGUUAUUCCAAGGAAGGAUGCCUCCAACUCGGCUUCGAAAGUAACAUGGAACGAUCCAAAACAACUGGAAGAGUUCAUUGUCCAACUGCAAACCGCCGAACAAAAAUUGUCGAAUCGAAACCGUCGGUUGCGAAAUGUUCAUAUGGAAUUGAUAGAAAUGGUUGAGAAAUUGAUGGAUUUGAAUAUUGUGAAACAGAAUAAUGAGUGGAAAGAGAUUAUUCUGAAGAUUCGAUCGAAAAUGAAGGAGGAAGAAGUUGUACAUGGAGCGGCGAGGAAUAAUAUGAAGCCGUGGUUGAUUCAUUGGGAUUUUCAAUUGUAUAAGGCUCUUCUAAUCCAAUACGAAUGGGGAAUCGAAAGUAUCCAAUCUCAAUUAUCCACAAUUUCCGUCAGUCUAGUUUUUGUCGAUCAAAAAAUCCAACUGCGUCCGGCAAUCGAAGAAAUCCGUUCCAAAUAUUACAAAGAGCUCUGUCGAUUUUUAAGAAUUCCAGACAAAUUUCGAGGAGUUCAGGAGGAUGAGACAUCAACCAAAUUCUACGCCCAAAUGAUCGAACGAAGUAUGCAUUUGUUGCCAUCAGUCUACGAGAAAGCUGAGCAAUUGAUGCAAAAAGUGGAGACUUGUGAUGCCAUUUUCGUGGAUUGGCUAGUCAUCUCCCAAGUGGACCUCGAGGAGCUUAUUGAGGAAAAUUUGAAAACCGCAGCGGAUUGGGAAUCGCAGUUUAAGAUUUUGAAAGCCAAAGCAAGAGAGGCCGAACGUUUGCCACAUGAACUCAAAUUCGAGUGCAUAUUGGUGAGUACUGCUGGUGUUAAAACUGCAAUCGAGGAUGCGAUUCAGAGAUUGUACGAUGCGCUGACAUGGACUUUAAGACACUCCAUCUCCACGACGUCCACCUCUAUAAGCACAUUUCUCUCUCAAGCUAUCGAAGUCCUGAAUACAGUACCCGGAUCCUUGGAUGAAGUCGCCGAGGCCAAUGCGAAACACGUCAUCUUUGCUGAAACGAAUCGUCAGCUGAAAAUGGAAUGGAAAGUCAUGGAGGAGCAAUUGACACUGUUGAGAUCAGUUGCUGGUCAAGGAAUGGAGCAGAUUGAUAACUUGGAACAAACAUGGGAUCGAUUUGAGCUGAUGUUAGAUGCGCAUCAAGGAGUUAUUAAGGAACAAGUCGAGGCGUUGAAGACCAACGUUGAAACAUCAAUCAAGGGAAUGAAGGAUGAGGCGGAGAAGCUGAAAGCGAGAUGGGACCAAUUCAAGCCAAGAAGUGAUGCAUUACAAGGCGAUCGAGAGGAAAUGCUAAAAGCGAUUCAGUUUAUUAAAGAAAAACGAGUUCAGUGGCAAGAGCUGAGUGAUGGAAGAGAGAAAAUUGAUUUACAAAUUUCAGCUAGCUAUUCUAGUUUUCAAGAUAAUCGUUUCCAGAUCGUUCUAAGCCUGGAAAAGCUGAAAAGCUUCCUGUGCCGAGCCAACAUCAAGGAGAAACUUCAACACGAGCGGGAAAUGUUCCUGAAUCGUUUGAUAUCAAUGCUAUCACAGAAAAAUCAGGAAUUCAGCGAGAAAUCUCUUCAAGUCGACGCUAAAAAUUUUCAAUUUCUCACAGAAGUCGCCGCGAGAAUCGUCUGGAUUCGGCAGCAGACAAGUCAGAUGGAAAGUAUCAGAUCGCUGUCGAAAAUGAUGUUGAACGAUAUCUCGAACUACAAUCAAUUCGCACAAAAGCUGGAUGAAUUUAUUGAAAAACUACAGUAUGCCGAGAAGGAGUGUUUCGAUGAUUGGUGUCGAGAAACCGUCGGGUUGAUUGAUAAUAAAAAUGAGACGAUAAAUCUAGAAACGACUGGAAAGAUUAUGUAUUUGGAAGCGUCGAAUCGAGAGUUGAAUGAAGUCCGCCAACUGAGCAGUUUGGGAUUCAACAUUCCAUCGAAGAUCCUGUCAUGCGCUAACAAUGGAGAGAAGUACUAUCGAUUUGGUGUUAUCCUCAAACAGAUUGCUCAUUUUUAUAAUACCAUCGAUCAACAGAUGAUUCCGUCGCAACAGUCUCUCAUGCUGGAAGAAGCAAUUGCAUUUGAAAAACUGGUUAUUCCAAGGAAGGAUGCCUCCAACUCGGCUUCGAAAGUAACAUGGAACGAUCCAAAACAACUGGAAGAGUUCAUUGUCCAACUGCAAACCGCCGAACAAAAAUUGUCGAAUCGAAACCGUCGGUUGCGAAAUGUUCAUAUGGAAUUGAUAGAAAUGGUUGAGAAAUUGAUGGAUUUGAAUAUUGUGAAACAGAAUAAUGAGUGGAAAGAGAUUAUUCUGAAGAUUCGAUCGAAAAUGAAGGAGGAAGAAGUUGUACAUGGAGCGGCGAGGAAUAAUAUGAAGCCGUGGUUGAUUCAUUGGGAUUUUCAAUUGUAUAAGGCUCUUCUAAUCCAAUACGAAUGGGGAAUCGAAAGUAUCCAAUCUCAAUUAUCCACAAUUUCCGUCAGUCUAGUUUUUGUCGAUCAAAAAAUCCAACUGCGUCCGGCAAUCGAAGAAAUCCGUUCCAAAUAUUACAAAGAGCUCUGUCGAUUUUUAAGAAUUCCAGACAAAUUUCGAGGAGUUCAGGAGGAUGAGACAUCAACCAAAUUCUACGCCCAAAUGAUCGAACGAAGUAUGCAUUUGUUGCCAUCAGUCUACGAGAAAGCUGAGCAAUUGAUGCAAAAAGUGGAGACUUGUGAUGCCAUUUUCGUGGAUUGGCUAGUCAUCUCCCAAGUGGACCUCGAGGAGCUUAUUGAGGAAAAUUUGAAAACCGCAGCGGAUUGGGAAUCGCAGUUUAAGAUUUUGAAAGCCAAAGCAAGAGAGGCCGAACGUUUGCCACAUGAACUCAAAUUCGAGUGCAUAUUGGUGAGUACUGCUGGUGUUAAAACUGCAAUCGAGGAUGCGAUUCAGAGAUUGUACGAUGCGCUGACAUGGACUUUAAGACACUCCAUCUCCACGACGUCCACCUCUAUAAGCACAUUUCUCUCUCAAGCUAUCGAAGUCCUGAAUACAGUACCCGGAUCCUUGGAUGAAGUCGCCGAGGCCAAUGCGAAACACGUCAUCUUUGCUGAAACGAAUCGUCAGCUGAAAAUGGAAUGGAAAGUCAUGGAGGAGCAAUUGACACUGUUGAGAUCAGUUGCUGGUCAAGGAAUGGAGCAGAUUGAUAACUUGGAACAAACAUGGGAUCGAUUUGAGCUGAUGUUAGAUGCGCAUCAAGGAGUUAUUAAGGAACAAGUCGAGGCGUUGAAGACCAACGUUGAAACAUCAAUCAAGGGAAUGAAGGAUGAGGCGGAGAAGCUGAAAGCGAGAUGGGACCAAUUCAAGCCAAGAAGUGAUGCAUUACAAGGCGAUCGAGAGGAAAUGCUAAAAGCGAUUCAGUUUAUUAAAGAAAAACGAGUUCAGUGGCAAGAGCUGAGUGAUGGAAGAGAGAAAAUUGAAGGAACCACCAUCGAAAAGCUAAAAUUCGCGGAUCUCCUCUCCGUUUCCAAAGCUAUCAUUGAAAAUGCGGACCAGUUGAAACAGUUGAACUCUCGUGCUCAAGGAGAAGUUGCCAUACGAGAUGCGAUUCAAGAAUUGACACUAUGGGCUGCUCAAACCGAAUUCACAUUGGCUGAUUAUAAACAUUCGAAUGGGCAGAACUUGAAAAUCAUCAAAGAAUGGAAGGAGUCGAUUAAUUCGCUCAAAGACAGUCAAGCUCUGCUUCAAUCGCUCAAAUCCUCACCCUACUAUUCUCAAUUCUCGGAUAAGACAGCAGUAUGGGAGACGCGUCUUGCCGAUUUGGAUGUGUUCCUGGCACAAAUGAACGAGAUUCAAAGGAAAUGGAUUUAUCUAGAGCCAAUUUUCGGGAGAGGAGCGUUGCCAUCCGAAGCUUCGCGAUUCUCGAGAGUGGACUCUGAGUAUCGAGCAAUUUUGAAUGACGUAUCCAAAGAUGCUAGAUUAGUAUCGCUGUGCAGCAGACAGUCGCUGAAAAAGUCGUUGGAACAAAUCGUGGAUCAAUUGAAUCGAUGUCAGAAGGCCUUGAAUCAGUUCUUGGAGCAAAAACGAACCGCUUUCCCGCGAUUCUACUUCAUUGGAGACGAUGAUCUUCUAGAGAUCCUUGGCCAAUCAACCAAUCCGCAAGUGAUUCAAACUCAUAUGAAGAAGCUGUUCCAGGGGAUCAAUCGAGUCGUUUUCUCAUCAACCGGAGAGACGAUAACAUCAAUGGUGUCAGCUGAAGGAGAGACUGUACCUCUGUCGAAAAGUGUUCGAAUCGUUCCACAGGUGGAAACAUGGCUCCAAGAGUUGUCGGACGAAAUGAGGAGAACGUUGAAGACGUUGACGGCUCAGGCUGUAGCAGAUGGACAAAUUUCAUUGGGAAAAUACCCGUCGCAAGUUUUGUGUCUCGCUGAGGAGGUCAAGUUUAGUGCCAGUGUUGAGAAUAUCCUCAACUCCUCAUCCGACCUGUCUUCAUUAAAAUCGCAACUUCAAGAGAAACUGAAAUCUCAUACGAACAUGAAAGUCGAUGAUAAAGUGUCGGAUCUCAAAUUGAAAUCACUGAUUCUCGAUCUCAUCCAUCAUAUCGAUGUGGUCGAUCAGUUAAUGGACAAUAAGGCGAAAGGAAUAAAUUGUUGGACUUGGCAAAGGCAAUUGAGGUUCUAUUUGGUGAAUGGAGGAAUCGUGUUGAGACAGGUGUCCAGUGAGUUCGAAUACACCUACGAGUAUCAAGGAAACUAUGCGAAACUUGUGCAUACACCGCUGACGGAUAAGUGCUAUUUGACUUUGACACAAGCUAUGUACAUGGGACUUGGAGGUAAUCCAUACGGACCUGCUGGUACCGGAAAGACAGAAUCCGUGAAGGCGUUGGCGGCACUAAUGGGUCGUCAGGUGUUGGUAUUCAAUUGUGACGAAGGAAUCGAUGUGACGUCGAUGGGACGAAUAUUCACUGGAAUUGUCGAGUGCGGAGCGUGGGGAUGUUUCGAUGAGUUCAAUCGAUUGGAUUCGACUGUCCUUUCCGCGGUUUCAAUGCAAAUUCAAACCAUUCAAGGUGCAAUAAAAUCGCGAGCUGGCUCAUGUACCUUUGGAGGCAAAAAUGUUCAAGUCAACCCGAAUUCGGCAAUUUUCGUAACCCUGAACCCGGCUGGAAAGGGUUAUGGAGGACGGCAAAAAAUGCCGGAUAACUUGAAACAGUUGUUCCGAGCGGUGGUUAUGGGAAAACCAGAUAACGAGCUGAUUUCGUCUACGAUUUUGUAUUCGGAAGGAUUUGUGGAUGCUACGUCGUUGGCAAGGAAGAUAGUGUCCGUAUUCCAACUAUCCCGUCAAAUGCUCUCCAAACAACAACACUACGAUUGGGGACUCCGAGCUCUAAAAGUGGUCCUAGGUGGAUGUGGAGCUCUUCGACGAGCUCAGCCGAACAAGAAUGAGACGGAUUUGGUGGUCCAGGCGCUUCUACUGAACACACUCUCAAAACUGACAUUCUCUGAUUCGGAAAGAUUCAAUUCUCUGAUAGACGACAUUUUCGCAAAUGUGACGAAGGAGAUGACAAAGUUUGAGGAGCUCGUAGAGCCAUUGGGAGUGGCCGCAAAGGAAAUAGGAAUUAGUUUGGGGGAAAAACAGAUGGAGAAGGUUUUCCAGCUCUACGAGCAAAUGCGUCAACGUAUCGGAGUGGUGGUUGUCGGUGCCGCUGGAUCUGGAAAAUCCACAAUCUGGAAGGUUCUUCAACGAGCACUGAUCCUAACGAAAAAGCCCCUGAGAGUGACUCAAUUCAAUCCAAAAGCUGUGAAUCGAAACAAGUUGUUGGGUAAUAUGGAUAUGGACACAAGAGAAUGGACAGAUGGAAUUAUAACAAUGGCAGCGAGAGAAGUGCAAAAAGAUACUACAGUACACCAUUGGAUUGUGUGUGAUGGGGAUAUUGAUCCGGAAUGGGUUGAAGCGUUGAACUCGGUGUUGGAUGAUAAUCGAUUGCUCACAAUGCCGUCUGGAGAGCGAAUUCAAUUCGGGUCCAACGUGAAUUUCCUCUUCGAAACCGACUCUCUGCAGUUUGCCUCACCAGCUACAGUAUCCCGAAUGGGAAUGAUUUACAUAAGCGAAGAAGACGUGAAACCUCAAGGCAUCGUUGCGAGUUGGCUCGCAAAGAAUUCAGAAGACGUGCACGCUGAAACAGCCACGUGGCUUGAAUCUCACUUCUGGAGAUGUUUCAAAUGGGUUCAAACGAAGCAAAUACCAGGAAUCACCAGUUUCGCUUUAUUGAAAAACGGGCUGACGCAUUUGAAAUCAGCCAAAACCAAAACGCAUUUUUUGGUGCUCCUAUUCAACGGAUUCAUGCCCUACGUCGUGCCAGAAUCUCGAAAUGAAUUCGCGAAAAGUGUAGUUUUCCAAGGGAUUACUGUAGCUGACCCCAAGAAUAUUUGCUACGACGAGCGGGUCGAUGGAGUCAUGACGUAUUCAGAUGACGUGACACAGAAUGUGACGAAGGAAGAAGUCGAGAGAGAAGAUUUGAGACCAUUUGUACAAACUGCCGAUAUUCAGAGAUAUUCGGAUAUUAUCGGCUCGUGGCUCCGCCCCGGGAACCGGGAAAGCUUCCUAAUCACGGGAACAACGGGAUGUGGAAAACAACAACUUCUCAAACAUUGCUUUCAAAACGAUCCAGAAUCUCAGUUGGCCAGUUUAUAUUGCUCAGCGCAGUCUAGCUCCGCACACUUGCUGCAAUUGAUUCAACAGAACUGUGUGCAGGCUAGUAAUCCGACGGGACGCGUGUGGAGGCCAAAAGAUCGGCCGAAUAUGAUUCUUUUCUUGAAGGGCAUCAAUUUACCAGCACCGGAUAAGUACGGCACCAACGAACUCCUGGCACUUCUCCAACAACUUCUAACCUAUCAAGGAUUCUUCGAUCACAAUUUAGAAUGGGUUUCAAUCGAAAACAUUCAAUUCGUUGGGUCCAUGAACCCACUCGGCGACGGUGCAUCCACAAAUAUCUCCAAUCGCCUCUUCUCCCUUCUUCGAUGUAUCUCUCUGAACAACACGGACACUCCCCAGCUGACUUCUAUCUACCGUACCUAUCUAACUCCAAUUCUUGAAGACGUUGGAGAACGAAAUUCAGAAACACUCGCUUCUCGAAUGGUUGAUGUCUAUACCAAGGUUCAACAAAGCUUCAAACCCUCUGACAGUAUCGUAUUCCAAUUUUCGCCCAGAGACCUUACCAAUUGGGUAGUCUCACUUUUGAGACAUGAGCUGGAUCAAGGCAAACUGGAAGGAGUGAUUUGUUUCGAGGGAAAACGAAUAUUUGCGGAUCGACUGCCAACCGAAAACGAUAAACAGAAAUUUGAGGAUAUUCUGAGAAAUGUGAUUCCAGUGUCGCAAAGUGCAGUUGACACAUUUUUGAUAUCUUUCACAGGAGACGAGAUAACUGAUCACAAAGUGCAAGCAUCGUAUUGGCGCAGCCUACGGCGCCGACCACAUUGCCAGAAGCGGUACAAAGUCUACGUCACAACUGGAUCCGUUGUACCUGGAGAGAGUAACACAGGUCUUCCACUAACUCCGAUCAACAUGAAGGAAUACAAUCAACUCUUGUUGAAAUCAAUUAAUCGAUUCACCUUCGAAGUGGCCAACUUCAAUUCGCCCCUUACCAGUCAAUUAUCCUAUUUCUGUGCAUGCCUUGAUCGUGUUCUAACCACCCCCGGUGGUCAUUUAUUCCUACCCGGACGGACUGGAUUUGGACGAAGAGAUGGUGUUCGACUAGUUGCUCAUAUGCACAAUAUCCAAGUGUUCUCGCCGGCGGUGACAGCGAAUUUCUCAUCGAAACAGUUUGAUAAUGAAAUGAAAGCGGCCAUCACCCAAGCUAUCACGAACAACGAACACGUCGUUCUGAUUCUUGAAGAUCAUCAACUUCGGAAAAAUGUCUUCCUUCAAGCCAUAAAUUCUUUAUUGGCUAGCGGAAAUGUGCCCGGAUUGUUCACUCAACAAGAAUUGGAUGGGCUAGUGGCGCUGGUGUCUGAAGCAGCCAAUCAGGCGUCGUUCACAGGGGCAUUGCAACAGUUUUUGGCGCAUCGAAUCCGAAGCCUGGUCCAUGUCGUGUUGAUUCUUGAAGUGGAAGCCAAUGAUUUCAAACUGAACAUCACUGAAAAUCCAGCGAUCCUGAAACAUUGUAACGUAAUCUUUGCUGAUCGAUUCGAUAAAUCUAGCUUGAACGAGAUUCCCAAGCUAUUAAUGGAAUCAAAAGGCAUCACAGCAACCGACUCGAUUCUAACUGGAUUCCCGGAUAUUCUCAUCAACCUGCCUGAAAAUUUAUCCAUUCAAACAAUUAAAUACAGGCAGUUUGUAGAAAAUUGUUGUCAGCUGUUGGGCUAUAAACGGAGUACACUUUCAGCUAGACUUGAUAGGUUGAAGGGCGGAGUUUCAAAACUGAACGAAGCUCGUGAAGAAGUGGCGAAAAUGCAGAAAAAAGCUGGCAAAAAAAGUAAGCUACUCGCUGAAAAACAGGCGGAAGCUGAUGAGGCGUUGAAGGCGAUUACGGAGAGUAUGAGUGGAGCAGAAGACCAAAAACUGUCCAUGGAGCAGUUGAAAGAGGCGACCGAGAAGGAAAAUGUGGUUAUUGAGGAGAAGAAAGCCAAGAUAGAUGAGCAAUUGAAAGAAGUGCAGCCGUUAAUUGAUGAAGCCCGUCGAGCUGUUGGAUCGAUCAAAUCCGAGUCGCUCAGUGAGAUCAGAAGUCUUCGUGCACCUCCUGAAGCCGUGAGAGACAUUCUACAAGCCGUUUUAGUAUUCAUGGGUAUUCUGGAUACGUCUUGGGAGGCUAUGAGAAAAUUCUUGUCGAAAAGCGGGGUGAAGGAUGAUAUAAUGAAUUUCGAUGCGAAUCGAAUCACAAGCGAGAUUCACAAGAAGGUGACGGCUAUUGUCAAACAAAAGUCUGCAUCUUUUGAGGAAGCGAACGCUAAACGAGCAUCGGCAGCGGCUGCACCAUUGGCCGCAUGGGUAAAGGCGAAUUUGGAGUACUCAAAGAUUUUGGAAAAGAUUUCUCCUUUGGAAAAUGAAAAGAAUAAGCUGAUAAAAAAUCUCAAAAAAGCUGAAAAACAAAUGGAAAAUCUAUCCAAAGGCUUGCAAAGUGUUGACGAAGUGGUUGGGGAGUUGAAACGGAAAUUCGAAGUGCUGAUGAAAGAAGCGACGCAGAUAAAAGUGGAUUUGGAUCGAGAACAAGACACGAUUCGGAUAGCUGGCACACUUGUUGAGAGUCUUUCCGGCGAGUUUGAGAGAUGGAAAGUGCAAAUUGAGACAUUGGUAGAGGAGCAGUCAAAGAUAGAAAUGUGCUCUCUUAUCACCUCUGCGUUCCUCACCUAUCUUGGUGGUUGCUCAGAAAAAGAUAGAAAAUCACUACUAAAAUCCAUGUGUAAAACAUUCAAUAUGCCCUCUGGCUUCAACCCUCUCUCCUUUGCCAGCCUGGAAACCGAGCAACUAAACUGGAAAACCAAAGGACUACCAGCAGAUCAACUCUCCCUAGAAAACGGAUCGAUAAUGUUCAAUUCACAGCAUGUGCCUUUAAUCAUCGAUCCAUCUGGACAAGUGUCAACGUUCCUGGCCAAGUUUCUGGAUAAAUCUGAAACAUUCAAAGCUGCUCAACCGGACCUUAUGACUCAAAUCGAGUUGGCGAUUCGAUUUGGAAAAACUAUAAUCGUAGAAGAUGUGGUGGAGUUCGAUGCAGCACUGAUUCCGAUUCUAAGAAGGGAUUUAUCAAGUCAGGGACCACGUCAAGUCAUCUCCUUUGGUGGAAAAUCGAUUGACUAUAACUCCGAUUUCAAAAUCUUUAUUUGCACCAGAGACGAUAAAGUUGAAAUAAGACCCAAUGCAUCUGCCCAAUUGAAUAUUGUGAACUUUACAACUACGAUAAGUGCUCUCUCUGCUCAGCUUCUCGACGUCGCUAUCCAUCUUGAAAAGCCGGAGCUAGAAGAGCGAUCAUCGAGUCUUCUCCGAGACGCUGAGCUCAAAAAAUUGGAGCUUGAGGGUUUGGAGCAGUUGUUGCUCCAACAGUUGGCUACGUCACAGGGAAAUCUUCUGGAGAACACUGCACUUUUGGAUUCGUUGAACAAGUCGAAAGAGAGUGCCGAGAUUAUUAGUAAGAGUAUUGUGGAGAGUGAGCAAUUGCACAAGGAAUUGACUACGCAAAAAGAAAUCUAUGUGCCGUUGAGUCAAUUCACUUCAAGCCUUUUCUUCUCGUUCUCCAAUCUACAGUACUACAAUUCAAUGUACAAUUAUAGUGUCAACACGAUAAUGAAGCUUUUUGAAAAGACUAUCAAGUCGUGUGAGGACAAAAGCUCAACUCGUGUAGAAAGCCUUGCUCGUCAAAUGCAGCUUACCGUAUUCUAUCAUAUCUCUCGUGGAAUCUUCCGUCAGGACCGUUUGAUGUUCGCUGUCGCCUUCAUAAAUGCAACACAACCGAAAAUGUUUCAACCAAAAGAGUGGGAACUGUUCACAGGGGUUCUCGUAGACGAAUCAACGGAUCUUAGUGGCAUCCGAGUGUCCUGGAUUGCUCCAGAUCGUCUUCCAUCUCUAGCCAGAAUCCGAAACCAUCUUCCGAGUCUCUUCAAUAAUUUCCAAAUUGGCGACGACGCGACGUGGAGCGAAUUCGCAAAGAUGCUCCAGUGCGAAACGGCGUUUCCGAGGAAUGUUGAAGUGAAAAUGACACAUUUCCAGAAGGUUCUUUUCAUACAGGCCGCAAGACCAGAACGGUUGUAUAAUUGUUUGAUGGAUUUUGUGCUCAAGACGUUGAACAUCCCCUCAAUCAAUCCACCAGCUUUUGAACUCCGUCACAUCUUCUCAGAAUCCGAAUCCUCCGAACCCAUCCUCUUUAUCCUUGCCGAUGGAGCAGACCCAUCCCAGGAGCUCGCGGAGCUCGCCAGCGCUCUUAAAGUACCGUACCACUCGAUUUCCAUGGGACAGGGACAGGAGCAAGCCGCGUAUGAAGCAAUUCGGAACUCGGCCGCUAAUGGGGAAUGGUUGUGUUUGAACAAUUUACAUUUGAUGCUUCAAGCGGUCCCGUCGAUUUUUAAGCACCUUUCCCUCACAACGCCCCACGAGAACUUCCGCCUAUGGUUGACUACAGAAGCAGACGCCCGUUUCCCCUCAAUGAUGCUCCAGCAAUCGCUAAAAAUCACAUUUGAACCGCCGCCAGGCGUCCGGAACAACCUGCUGCGGACCUAUAUACAAAUCGAUCGAAAUGGGCGGAGUGUUGUGACGUGUCAAUCGAUAUUUGUGUUAGCUUGGCUUCAUGCCCUUCUUCAGGAGAGACGAACUUUCAUUCCACAGGGAUGGACCAAAUUUUAUGAGUUCUCAGCUAGUGAUGUGAGAGUUGCCAAGUCGUUUGUAGAGCAAUUGACUGAGAAUAAAUCCGAUUGGGAAUUCGUCCGUGGAAUUCUGAAGUUCGUGAUCUACGGCGGUCGAAUCGAGAAUGAUUUCGAUGCGAAAGUUCUCGAAUCCUAUUUAAAUAUUUUGUUUUCCGAUGACAAAAUUAAUGGGCGCACUGGCCAGCAAUUGGUGAAAGGAAUCGAUAUUCCAGCGAGUACUAAUGUUCAGGAAUACAUCUCGCACAUCUCAAAGACGGUCCCAUCCGUCGACGAACCAUUCCUCUUUGGUCUUCCCGAAAAUAUCAAAUAUUCAUGGCAAAUCGUAGAAGCCGAUCGAACGAUUUCAUCGAUACGAACACUAGCACUGGGCGACUCGAAAAAUGCGCUCUCUUCGAAUAACACCUCCGAAUCGAUAUCCCAAAUAAUUUCGCUAUGGAGAAAAUUGUGUCAAUCGGAUGAUCUCCCAAAAAAAGAGCUGCCAAAAAAUACAUCAAAAUCGUCGGAUCCAAUCAAUGAGGUCUUGUGUUUGGAGACGAUAAACGCACUGAUUUUGAUCAGAAACCUCCAUAAAAGCAUUGGAGACGUCGCCAAAUCCAUGAAGAAUCCAUCGUUGGCAUCUGGAGUCACUCAGAAGACGAUCCAAUCGUUGAUCUUUCAACAGACACCUGAUGAAUGGGAUCGAUUGUGGGCGGGGCCAACGGACCCCGCGGAUUUUUUGAACGCGGUGGUGAAGAAGACGCGGGGAACGAUGCAGAUUUUUUUUGAAUUUUUUGAAAUUUUGAUUUUUUUGCAGCUCUACGAAGCCUCCAAAUCCUCGUCGAUCCUCUCCUCUCCCAUCGAUUUUUCGGAUCUCUUCUAUCCGAACAUCUUCUUGAAUGCAUUGAGACAAACCACGUCUCGACAACUCCAAAUUCCGUUGGAUCAACUGAUUCUCUCUUCCGCCUGGACACCAUCCCAACUUCCACCGAAACAGUGUGUCCAGGUGCAGGGUCUUCUACUCCAAGGUGCCACUUUCGAUUCGUUCCUCCGUGAGACUACCGUAUCCAGUGCUGCCUACGUACAGGCGCCGAUCCUCUACUUGGCAUGGACUUCUGACAGCUCUUCGACGAUCACUGGCGAGCAAAUCCAGGUGCCGCUGUACAAUUCCAGUGAGCGUUCCGACUUGAUCACCGCUGUCAACAUGCCGUGUCGUGGUGCCGAUCAAUGGAACAUCGCAGCUGUUGCCCUAUUUCUGCGAUAA